AUGACGGCAAAAGAAAGUGAAAUUCAGCGAUUGAUUGAAUGUUGUAUUUGUUGUGAUUACCUUACUGAUGUACGUGAAACUCCUUGUUGUCAUCAAUUAUUUUGUUACUCAUGUAUUCAAUCAUGGUUAAAGAAACCGACAAAAAAUUGUCCACGAUGUCGAUCAACAACAUUGUCUGAACAAAAUUUAUUGAAAAAUUUUGUUGUACAACGUUUUGUUGAUAAUCUUCAAUUUUCAUGUCCUUAUGCAUUACAAGGUUGUACAGUAAAAAUUGCACGAUAUGAUUUAUUAAAACAUAAACGUUUAUGUUCAUAUUCACCUGAAAAACUUGCUAAUAAACAUCAAUUAAGAUUAGAAGAAUCACGAACUUUAUUUUUAAAAUAUAAAGAAGGAAAAACACAUUUAACUGAUAAUGUUUUAUUUGAUUUAGCAAAAUUAUUUCAUAUAGAACAUGAUUAUGAUAAUGCAAAAGAAUGUUUACAAAUGAUUAAAGAACAAAAUAAUUUACAAGAAAUUCUUAUACUUCAAGCACAAAUCGAACAAGAUACAAAUCAAUAUGAUAAAGCUUUAGAAUUAUAUACAAAAGCAUAUUCUUUAUCUAAAACAAUUUCACAACGUAUUGAAUUACUUUCAUCGAAAGGAUAUUUAUUAUUAAAAAAAGCUCAAUAUGAACAAGCUAAAGAUAUUUUUCAACAAGCAUUAGAUCUUUUACGAACAGAUGAUGAAUCACAAACAAAAGUUGAACUUCUUAAUGCUCUCGGAUUAAUUGCUAAAAAAUGUUCUGAUUAUGAUCAAGCAAUAUCAAUGUAUAAUGAAGCACUUAAAAUUGUUGAUACAAAUUCAAAUUUAUGGUCUGACAUUAUUUCAAAUCUUGCUGAUAUUCAUCGUAAAAAAGGUAAUUAUAAUGAAGCAAGAGAACUUUAUUUAAAAGCUCUUAAACAAGCUGAAUCACUCUAUGGACAAAAUCAUCCAACAAUAGCUGAUAUUAUGAAUAAUCUUGCUUUAUUACUUAAAAAAGAAGGAAAAUAUAUGGAAGCUUUAGAUUAUCUUAAACAAGCAUUAAAAUUUUCAAAACAUUAUUAUGGACAAGAACAUGCAACUAUUGGAAUUUAUCUUACCAAUGUUGGUGAUAUUUAUCGAAAACAAGGUGAUUUCAAAACAGCUGAAGCAACUUAUAAAGAAGCUUUAACUUGUUUAGAACAAUCAUAUGGAAAAAAUCAUAUAGAAGUAGCUGAAGUACUUAAUUCUAUGGGUUUAGUUUUAAAGAAACGAGCUGAUUAUGAUGGCGCCGAAAAAUAUUAUAAACGUGCUAUUGAAAUAGUCUAUGAUACAUUUGGUCGUGAUCAAGAACAUUAUAAACUAGGUAUUUAUUAUAAUAAUUUAGCUGAUCUUGAUCGAAAACGUAAUAAAUUUGAUAAUGCGUUACAACUUUAUCAACGUGCAUUAACUGCUAUUGAAAAAACACUUGGUUUACAACAUUCAGAAGCAGCAGAAAUUUUACAUAAUAUUGGACAAGUUCAACAUCAACUUGGUAAUUAUAAACAAGCAAUUGAUUAUAUAAAUCGAGCUUUGAUUAUUAUUAAAAGAGAAUUUGAUGAUAAACAUUAUAAAUAUGGAAUGUUUCUUAAUUCUCUUGGUCUUGCAUAUGCAAUGAUAAAUGAUUAUAAAAUAGCAUAUAUACAUUUAAAACAAGCAUUACAAAUUCUUUUAAAUAGUCUUGGUGCAAAUCAUAUUGAAGUAUGUGAUGUUUAUUCAAAUUUAGGUGAUAUAUGUAUGAAAUUUGUUGUUGAAAUUGAUCAAGAAAAACAAAAAAAUCAAAAUGAAAAACAAUCAAAAUUAGAAGAAGCAAAAACAUAUUAUUUAGAAGCACAACGGAUUGUUCAAACUACAUUUGGUAAUGAACAUACAAAAGCUAUACAAUGUUCAUCACUUUUAUUUAUUAUUGAUAAUUAUAAUUCAUUAUCUAAACUUUAA